ACGCAUGACAUAGGGACGAAAAGUUCCUGCACCGACAUUAUUUCGGAAAGGAAGUUUUGUUUGUUCCCUCACGCUCGAAAACAGACUGACCGUAAUGCGUGCACUAAGAAGAUUCGCAAAAAGACCAGAAAGGUGAGGGUUGCCUGUGUAUCUGCCAUGGCGGCGCUCUCGUGCUCCGGUGAGCAAUCAUGAUCGUUUCAUUCUAGAAGUGAAAAUUCUGCAUCGCCGCACGCGAACACCAGGCCAGUUCCAACGCAGUCUCACUACCAGGAAACAAUGGUGUUCCUAAUAUUGAUUCAAGAUGUACACAGGGAUGAGCUGAAGCGGUUCCAUGGCGGGGAAGAGUCCUCGUUACAACGGCGAAGCUUGAAGGCUGGCGAAAUCGGCUUGCAAAUGAGCAGUUCUGGAAGUACCGUAACCAUUGCAAUGCUUGAUUUCACUCCAGCGGGUGCAGAAGUUUCGGUAGCGAAGUACACAACUAAAGAGCUGUCGGAGAAGGUUGCCAAUUUACUGCGGGCAAGCAGUGAUCCGAAACUCCGCCUUGAGCUAUUCCUCUCCCGCACUCGCCUGGAAGGAGCUCAAGAUAUUGGUGACGGCAAGGCUGUGCGCUACAGAAGGUAUAAGUACACUGGUACGUUCGAUAUUCCCGGUAUGGUGAUCAGCGCAGGGCCUGCCCAGGGCAAGCAUGGAACCUGGUUCACAGUGGAGAUUCUGGGACAGAAGAAUGAUAGCUUUGACACAGAGGCAAAGGAACUCGCUCUUAGAAUGCGAAAGGCACCGACACCGAUUCUGGCCUCUGCGUUCGACCUCGCCAUUCACCCGUUUCUGCAGCCUGUCGUCGAUAGGCUUCUGGCUCACCGCGACACCGCUGCAAAUGCUCGGGGCAAUGCGGCAGAACAACCGGCUUAUCGAGGUGUCAUUACCAGAGGCAUGUCCGCUUUGGGAUUUGGCAGAGCCAGUGAUAGUGGCAACAGCUCCGAACGCCAAGUUGUCAUUAACAAACGGCUGUGCGUGCUGACAACAGACGGAGACAUUGUUGCAGGCGUAAUACGCUGGAAAGGAAACGUUGCUGGCUACGGAGAGUGUGUGGGAUUGGAAAUGGAUAAGCCAGUAUCGACAUUUGAAGUUGAAGAUCCUCUCACUGUGCGGAACUGCCUGUUAGAUUGUCCAGCUGAUCGUCGACUCUUCAGACCAGUCAGCACCCUACUGCCGUUUGAGGAAUUGCAAGCGGCCAAACGCCGCUCGGCGGCCCAUGGGCGUGAGAACGACGAUGGCGUUGUCUGUGGACAACCAGAAAGAUCUGUGCCAUCACAUCCUACAGCUAGUGCGGAUGAUCACGUUAUGGCUAUGGAGGCCAGUGCAUUUGGAAUGACUGCCGCGGAGAUUCGCUCCGAGCAAGAAGAGUUCUUUGCUCGGUUCAAGCAACCUCAUCAUGACGAGCCAAUGGCGGUGGAGGAGAAUCAUUUUGAACCGAUGCCAGUUGUAGGUGAGAGCCAACUUGCUAGGGACAAUGAAACCAGCAGGGAGGAACAAGAGCAACUGCUGGCUAAAGUGAGAGCAACACACAGGCAUUCCACAGGACAAGAACAGGUGGAUGCACAGGCUGCUGUUAACCCUGCUACUGUGGCUGCUUCCUAUGCUGCUUCUGUGACUAGUGCCACCAGUGCCACCGGUGCUAAUAGGCGGAAUCCUGUUGUUGAUCAGCAAGAGCGAAGACUAGCUGGCAUGGCAGCGCCGCGUCCAAUGGCUGACAGAUUCACUGCUACCAAUCCGCAUGAUCGCCCGGCUGGCACCGGUGAGGUUUCAAGGGAGGAAAUCGUCCAAUAUCAGGAAGAUGAUGAUUGGGUGAAACUGAAUAGAGAUGAAAUAGCGUCUCGCCAGAACCCACAUGAACGUGCACAGCAAGGAUGGGAGUCGGCCACAGAUCUAGCAAAUGCUGUCCGAGCAGAGCGGCCAACUCAGGGAGUUGGUGGUCAACCUGCCACAAGUCCAACUGACAGUGAAGCGUGGGAGGUCAUUCCUGAAGCAGUGGUGACUACGGCUCCAACAAUGAAUUACAGACAGGCCAUUCCGCCGGGCAGCAUUGUGGAUGCAGAAGAUCCGCUAGAUGAAGUAUCAAGUCGAGGUGCCACUGCUGCUGGACCAGCAGCCCUGCCGUCCAGACAUGCAGCCGCCGGGGCCGCCAAACUGACUAUCAAUGAUAUGGUUACCGUUAUGGCCAGACCCGGAAUGCGUUGCACCGGUACGUUGAGAUACAUUGGCCGGCCGCGGGAAGACAUGAAAGAGGACAUCGCUGGUAUAGAGCUGGAUGAAGAGUAUGAGCAGCAUGGGAUGAGUAGUGGGGCUUUCGUCGGCCAAGAGCUGUUUAGAUGUGACCAAGGGAGGAAACGAGCGUUGUUUGUCCGUGCGUCAGCUUGCCAGCUGGCCGCCACCUCCGCUGUGUUGCCGGCGGAUGAAGGGCAACAGGGUGACUACGUCAACAGUGAGGAUGUCAUAUUGGUGCGUGACCAACUAGUGGCGAAGCAGGCAGAGGUAUGCUGGGUGGAGUUGAUCGACAAGCUCGGCCUUGCUUUCAGUACUAUGCAACGUGACGGCGUGCUAGACACGGCAAAGGAUGACCAAGGGCGGCUUCUUGCCGUGCUUUUCCACUACGCUAACUCAGAGCCAAAGCCACGCUUAGACCACUUUAAGCUGGCCCUGUCGUCUAUCGACCAGCGCGAUAUUGUCCUGUUGAUGAGAGACGCUGCACCCUGUGCCAGGAGGGAUGCUCCUGUCCGUACCACGUCAUCCCCGCCUGCAUCCUCCCGUUCCGGUGGCAUCGACUCGACUAUGGAUACACAUUACUCGCAAUCGGACAGCCUAUUCUAUUCCAAUCGGGCUGCCACCCAUUCCAGUGCAGCUGCUAUUGACAACAGCGCCAGGAGAAAGGCGAUGGAGUUGGAACGGCUGCAGCGGCAGCGCCAGCCCGACUCCAAGCCAGUGCGAGGGUCCGUUCCACCGCGGAACGUCCUACCGGAGAGUUUCUUUGGCUGGAAUCGUGGCAUACAAGGCCAGCACAACUCCUGCUACAUGGAUGCAUCGCUGUUUGCCAUGUUCUACCAGAGCAUGGUGUUUGACAAUCAGCUGGUGCGACCUAUUCCUGAGAACGUAGCCGAGGGCAUGCACGAUCUCUACGAGCACGUUCAGAUAGAGCUGCGCGAGUCCAUCGUCAACCCAUUGAGGGAGAACGGAUUUGUGUCGGAUAUACACGUUCUGAAGCUGAGGCAUUUGCUGAGGGAGCUCAUCGCCGGAAUACAGUUUGCUGAGAAAGAUCCUGAGGAGUAUCUGGUGUUUCUAUGGGAGAAGGUCUUACAGGUGGAACCCUUCCUCUCCAUAUCGGCAAGUGGUCAUGCAAGUACCAGCUACACAUACCAGAUGUUUGUCAACAGGAACGACAACUGGCCGCUGCCCACCAUCCAGCAGCUGAUGGAGGAGUCGUUCUGUGAAGGACAGCUGCGCCUCACACGUAUGCCUAAAGUACUCAUUCUGCAGCUGCCCCGGUCUGGCCGCGAGUUCAAGGUUUACAACCACAUUGCACCGUCGUUUCAGCUGAACUCUCCAACGUCCUGAACGGAGGUCAUAUUGUGUGUUCGCGGUGUGCCUCUGUUGAGGUGAAGACACGCUGCCACGACUGCAGCAAAACAGACGUCUUCUACUACCUGUGUCACAGGUGUAGCUACUCACGGAGCAGCCACUGUCGCGACCACCGUCGCGAGGAAGUGUCUCAGGCGCAGGCCGCCAGUCCUCUCCUUGCUGCACGCCUGGAGACCAUGGAGCUGUUUGCCGUCGUCUGCAUCAAGCGCAGCCACUACGUGACGUUUGUGAAGUGCGGCGAGGAUAACAAUGCCGGCAAAGCGCCGUGGUGUUUCUUUGAUAGCAUGGCGGACAGAGAAGAGGUGCCUGGUGAUGACGGGUAUAAUCUACCGCACGUGACCUCCCUGCCAAACCUGAUGGACGAGGCCACAAAGGCGACGCUGCAACGUCCGUUCAACGUCCAGCUGCUGUCCGAGCAGAUGCAGCGACUGUUCUGCGAUCCGUACAUCUGCUUCUACCAGUGCAGGGACAUGUUCAUGGCCGGGGACUGCAAGGCACUGCCCUGAUCGGCACGACCGGUCACAGUGACCGGUGAUGGAACCACUGUGCACCCACCCAUAGCUGUGAUGGGUAGCACUGUGUGUCAGGGCCAAUGUGGGGCAUCUGCUUCUACCAGUGCAGGGACAUGUUCAUGGCGGCGUUUGCAAGGCGCUGCCCUGAUCGCGGCACUACCGGCCACAGUGUCAGCCGGUGCUGUGGAGUCCCUGCGCACUCUGUUGUAGGUGUGAUGGGUAGCACUGUGUGUCGAGACCAUUGUGGUAACAGAGUGUGUCACACUCAUGCACAGCAUGCAUCUGAAAGCACCUUUUGCUGAGAUUUAGUAUGGUAGCCGGUGUGUGACACGAGUUCAUUGUUGUUGCACAGAACGUAUUAGCAGCACCCACACACAUACACUGCAGCAAACACAUUGCCAGCACACAUUGUUGUUGUACAUAACAGACUGGCAGCACACUGACAGAUGUCCUGCACUAGGUAAGCCCAUGCAUCUACUAUUUCACCACGCACAACUUUUGAGCUUCACUGUCAGCAAACCUGUGCAGGCCAAAGAUGCCUGGAGAGAUUCAUAUCGAACGGCCCAAUUUCCUUUGGUGCCAUGUUCCCGUUUAUUUUCCGAAUGCCACCCCGGGGCUAAUUCAAAUCCAAGAAGAGAUCCAAAGUGGUAGUAGGAGAUGUGAGAAGUGUUUUUUCCUCUAUUGGAUUUCUGCCGAUCUUUGCUUGAUUCUUGACUCGCAGAUAUUGCUCUAUUAUCUUUAUAGGCUGUGACUUGAUUGGGUUCCGUUGUGCUUUAUCUAUGCACGGUGUUCAGAUUGCUGCUAGCAGUUAUUGACUUCACUUUUUGAAUAAUAUGAGCUUCCGCUCUUAGGAGCCGUCCGUAAAUACCGAUAUGUUUUCAAAGCAAAGUAUCUCUGUGUACGUCUGCCCCCCCCCCCCCCCCCUCCUGCGCUAAGGAACACACAUGAAUGCUGGCCAUCGUGUCGAAACUUUCCUUAGAAGAACAUUGGCAUCUUCACAAUUCGCAAUUCAAUCCCCCUGCCCCCCCCCCCCCCCCCCCCCACCAGUGCACACUUCUAUAGUGAAAUCAAUCGCCAUUUACCUUCCAAGCAAUCACUUUAUAAGUAUUCCUAUUUCUGUGCAAGCUUUUUGUAUUAUG